AUGGGGGCUCUCUGGAGCCAGGAGAGAUCUCCAGAGGAGGGGCCGCCCCCUGGAUGGCGAGGACGAGGAUGGGGGUCGCUGGUCAGGCGGCUGCUCUUGGCCGCUCUGCUCUGUGGCCUGCUCUUCGGCUCCUCUGUGCUCUUGGUCUACCUCUUCCGCGGCUGUGGUCCUCGCCUUUGUGAGACGCCCGCCUGCUGGGAUCUCCUGGCCGGGUAUCUGGCCUCUGGGAACACCAGCGUGGCCCCCUGCUCCGACUUCUUCAGCUUCGCCUGUGGGAAGGCCAAAGGGGGCAGCAGUGCUUUGCAGGCUCUGACAGAGGACAACAAAAGGCGACUGCGGAGAAUCCUGGAGGCCCCGCGCUCCUGGCCCCCAGGCUCUGGGGAGGAGAAAGCCUUCCAGUUCUACAGCUCCUGCAUGGACAUGGCUGCUAUCGAGGCUGCAGGGGCUGGUCCCCUCAGACAAGUUAUUGAGGAGCUGGGAGGCUGGCAGCUCUCCAGGAACUGGACCUCCUCAGACUUCAAUCGAAUUCUGAGUCUUCUGAUGAGUCAGUAUGAUCACUUCCCAUUCUUCAAGGCCUACCUGCAACCACAUCCUGCUCCUCCACACACGCCUGUCAUCCAGAUAGACCAGCCAGAGUUUGACAUUCCCCGCAAGCAAGAUCAGGAACAGAAGAUCUAUGCCCAGAUCGUUCGGGAGUACCUGAACUACUUGACGCUUCUGGGCACCUUGCUGGGAGGAGACCAAGUCAAGGUACAAAAUUAUGCCUACUCGUCCGUCUCCAUUACCUCACGGCUGUCCCAGUUUCUGAGGCCCCUGGAGCAGCGGCGGGCACAGGGGAAGCUCUUCCAGAUGGUCACUGUGGACCAACUGCAGGAAAUGGCGCCUGCCAUUGACUGGCUGUCCUGUUUGCAAGCAACAUUUGCACCUAUGCUCCUGCGCCCCUCCCAGCCCCUCAUGGUCCACGACCUGGAGUAUUUGAAGAACAUGUCGCAGCUGGUGGAGGAACACAUGUUGAACAACAGGGACCUCCUGCAGAGCCACAUGAUCUUGGGGCUGGUGGGGACCCUUUCUCCAGCCCUGGACAGUCAAUUUCAGGAGGCACGCAGAUUGUUAAACAAGAAACUGCUGGAGCUGACAGAACGACCGCCUGUGCCCACCCGCCCUCGAUGGCUGGAGUGUGUGGAGAAGACUGGAACCUUCUUCAGGCCGACGCUGGCGGCCUUGUUUGUCCGUGAGGCCUUCAGCCCGAGCACCCAAAGUGCUGCCAUGGAAUUAUUUGCUGCCAUCAAGGACGCUUUCAUCACGCGCCUCAGAAGGCUCCCCUGGAUGGAUGAGCAGACCCGGGAAGAUGCCCAGGACAGGGUGUCCCGCCUGCAGGUGGAGAUGGGAGCCCCCAAAUGGGCCCUGAAGCCAGAGCUGGCCAGACAGGAAUAUGCGGAUAUCCAACUCGGACCCAGCUUCCUGCAGUCUGUCCUGAGCUGCGCCCGAUCCCUCCGAGCUAGAAAUGUCCGGCGCUUCCUGCAGCCUUCCCACCACAGCUGGCAGGUGUCCCCCUGGGAGGCCAGCGCCUACUACUCCACCGCUGACCACGUGGUGGUGUUCCCAGCUGGACUCCUCCAGCCCCCGUUCUUCCACCCCAGCUACCCCAGGGCUGUGAACUUCGGCACUGCCGGCAGCAUUAUGGCCCACGAGCUGUUGCACAUCUUCACCCAGCUCUUGCUGCCAGGGGGCUGCCCGGCCUGUGACUCCCAGGCCCUACGAGGGGCACAGCUGUGCCUGGAGCGUCUCUAUGCAGCCUUCCCAUCGCCAGGCGGAGCAGCCCUCGGCGGCUCCCGCACCUUCCUGGAGAACGCGGUGGAUGUGGGGGCGCUGGCCAUCGCGCAGCAGGCCUACAGCAAGAGACUGCUUGGGCACCGUGGGGAGACCACCCUGCCGGACCUGGACCUCAGUCCCCAGCAACUCUUUUUCCACAGCUAUGCCCAGGUGAUGUGCCGGGCGCCGGGCAGCCAGGCUGCCCAGGACACCCACAGCCCUCCCGCCCUUCGGGUCCACGGGCCCCUCAGCAACACCCCAGCCUUUGCCAGACAUUUCCGCUGCCCACGGGGCACCCCCUUGAACCCCUCUGACCACUGCCAACUCUGGUGACGGCCGCCAGAGAGGACCGGACAGAGCAUCAGCGCCCGCCUGCCUGUGUGGGAAGUGGGGUGAUGUGGCCCUCCUUUCCCUCUCCGCUCUGAAAAUAAAAGCUGGCACUUGGCUUCUGCCUGUGUCUCACUACACUUGGCUGCUGAGUUCAGUGCCUGGAAGUCAGAAAAGGAACAGCCAGAGUCCCCGGACGCCGGGAGAGGAAGGAGCCGGUGGGUCUA